UUCUCUCUCUAGUGGCCCAGGCUUUCUUCUCCUGCAAGCCCAACCAGCCGGGGCCGGACUGCCGCCCUCCGCCGUGCGCAGUAGAGCGAGCCGGAUGGCGCCAUACGGCGAAACCCCCGACCAGCCGGGGUUGGCGCACUCCGUCGAGCACAGGUGCGCACGCGGGAUGGCGUCGUCCAAGCAGUUCGACGAGGGCGGGCGGCUCCAGGUCAUGGAGGCCGACCGGGUCGAGGAGGAGGAGCGCUUCGAGUCCAUCGACAAGUUGAUCUCGCAGGGAAUAAACUCAGGAGACGUGGAGAAGCUCAAGGAUUUGGGGAUCUACACUUGCAAUGGCCUGAUGAUGCACACCAAGAAGAGCCUUACAGGGAUCAGAGGCCUGUCUGAAGCAAAGGUUGAUAAGAUUUGCGAGGCUGCUCUAAAAAUUCUGCGAAAGUCUGUUGCUGGGAAUACCACUGGGAGCCAAGCACUUGAUGAGCUGCUUGGAGGAGGGAUUGAAACACCGCGUAUCACAGAGGCAUUUGGAGAGUUCCGGCACGCGAGCAGGAUGGCACCGUCCAAGCAGUAUGCUGAAGACAUGCCUGUCCAGCACAGGGAGGCCUACCUGGUCGAGGAGAACGGCUUUAAAUCUCUUGAUAAACUUAUAUCUAGGAGUAUACGGGCAGGAGAUGUGAAGAAGCUGCACGCUGCCGGGAUCCACACUUGCAGUGAUCUAAGUACAUGCAGCAAGAAGAAGCUUGCGGAGAUCAAAGGAUUCUCAGAAGAAAAGAUUGACAUUAUACUCAGUGCUUCGAAGAAACUCCUGAUCGAUGAGUAUGACAAAGGAAGUGACCUCUUGCUAAAUGGUAAUUAUGUGAAGUGGAUUAGAACAGCAAAUAAGGCUUUAGAAGAACUUCGCUGCGGAAAUUUGGAAAAUCAUCCGACGAUUCAUUCGCUUGAUAAUUUUAGAUCAGAGAAGACACUAUUGACACACUCUCUAUGUGUUACGUCUCAGAUUCCAGUGAAAGGUGAUGAGUUCACACCUAAAGUUGUUUACAUUGACACAUUGGGUUUGUUUAAUCCUGACUGCAUUGUCUCAAUAGCUGAGAGUCUUGGGAUUGAUGGGUCACGUGUUCUUGAAAAUGUUUUACACAUACCAGCUGACUCUUUCGAGAAAAUCGAAAAAUUGAGCUCAGGCCUUGCCGCAAAGAUUUCUGAAGAGCCUUUCAGCCUUCUGAUAGUUGAUUCGGUAACGCCCCUACUAAGCACAGGGGGCAAGGGAAGUAUGGAAAAUGCUGUUUGCCAGAGCAAGUUGAAACACCUGCUAUCACAUCUUGCUAAUAUUUCCAAGGAGUACAACGUUGCAGUUUAUGUUACAAAACGAGAUGACAGUGAAAUGAAACUGAUGGAUUUCAAAAGCACACAACUGUCUCAACUUGAGAAGAUAUGUGAUGAUAAAGAAGAAGAAUCAACCAUCAGCAUUUCAGUUUCUACCCUCAGUGGUUUUCAUUGCUUAAAUGUGAACCCAAGUGAUACAGUCUCUUCUUUGAUCAAAAUUGUAGAGAAGCGAGCAAAACUUCCUUUGGGAUCUCAGUACCUUACGUACCGCGGCAAAAUACUCAAGCCUGGAAUGCGAUUGGGUGAUUGUGAUAUGGUGGUUAACUCGUGGUUUGAAGCAAAUUCAAGACUUCUUGGUGGCGCGCCAGAAAUAAACCCGGCACAAACGUUGUCUGAUUUUGUAGCAAAGGAUAAUGACGUAAAGGAAUCGAUGUCUGAUGGGGUGAAAGUAUAUAACAAUAAAAUGGCUAAGGAAAUUAUCAUACCUUAUCCGCGAGGAACAAAGGGCUAUAGAUAUCUUGUAAAAGUGGCUAUGACGCCUUUGUCAAAUAGUAUCUUCUCUAGUAUGCUCAACAAGGUUUCCAAAGCUCAUGCAGAAGAAAAGAGCUGGGGAGGUAAAAUCAAUGGUAGUACAUUCCAGGUCACUGACGGGAAGCUUGAGAUUCUUGUUCAACCAGAAUAUACACUUGAUGAAGUGAAUGCGAAGGAAGACUACAAGCAGCUGUCCCAGUUAUUCUGGGAGUAUGCAGAACUCAAUGGGCACCAUCCAAUAUAUCUUAGAAGCUUAUGCUCUUACAUGGAUACUGCGACAAAAGCGCUAGCACAGGAUUACAAGUUUCAUUUGUUUCUAAGAAUACAUCCGUGCCUGUUGACCUACAGUCAGAGGUCUUCUCUGUUCUGGGAGAUCGGCCGAGAAUUUGAUGGCUUUGUCCCCAGUGACCAAGCAGACUUUAACAGUGCUGUUGAUUCCAUCAUUUUCCCCACAGGCUGGAGGAGUAUUGCUAUCAAAGAAAAGAUAUUUUACAUGACUUAUGUGCGCAGGAAUUAUAGCAAAUACUCGAGUGAUUGUUUCCGGUUCCUGCGGAAUUGGCUAACACACGGCAAAGUCAACUUCACUAAAGCUGAUUCAAGGACAUUUAAUACUCGAUCAAUGGACUAUUUAAUUGAGAUUUAUUUCAAGGACUUCUUUCCAGAUGUCCUUUGGUUGCUAACUCAGAAAAACUUUGAAGGGUUAAAUGAAUGGUUCUGUGAUUUAACUGGCGAUGAUAUCCAUGCCUGAAGUCCGUUUGAGCCACCAAACCAUCAAAAUUUAUUGUUGUCUUUAUGGAUUACGUGUUAUCAUGUUGCUUUGGGAACUUCCUAUGCAAUAGGAAAGGGAGCAAUCUGGUGUUAUAAGCUCUUGACAUUGCAUGUGGACGUACUUGACCGGUCUCCGGACUUCUGGUGGCAGCUUCCAUGAUAUUCAAGGAGAGCAUGCUAAUGCUUCACGGUGGUUAAUCUUCAAUGCAGAGGCUGGCUUAACACCGUGACUUGUCAGCUGUGCCUCGCCGCCCUGGAGACCUGCACACACUCGUUUGUGCACUGUCUUCAUGUCGCAGGUCUGGCAGCUGGUCAGGGCCUGGACCGGCGCUGACUUCCCCACUCCAAGGUUAGCUUCACGAGCACGGAGUGGUGGCUGCAGGUGCGGAAACGAGCUCCCAAAACUCUACGCCAUGGUUUCGACGCUGCCGUGAUCCUGGUACACUGGCGCAUCUGGAAGGAAUGGACCUCCAGGGUCUUUCAGAACGUCCAACACUCUGUAGAGGAUGUCUUCGAGAUGAUCCGUGCCUGGUGUGCGGAGGGUAGAGUCGUUGCCGUCUAGUUUCUCGCAGGAUGUUUAGUCGGUGCCCCAGGCCUGUCUGGGUGCCACCUCUUGCCUGUGCUUCACCUCGGAGCGGCGUUGCUGUACUCUGUUCUUCUACUUGUAUGCUUAAUAAAGAUCGGCAUCUGGCCUUUCCGAUCA